AAUUUAUCACCUAUGGAAUCGUGUUGGAUGGAAGAAGGGCCAAAUGCCCCGCAAACUAGACAGCUCCUGGAUCUUUCCCAAAAAUAAUGACAACAUACUUUUUUGCCAGACGAUUGAUGUCGAUAAUAGAGCCCACAGACUGUUUUAGGGUUGCUCUAUCCAAAGAUAAAGAGUUCCUAAGCACGAUAAGGCACACAGGAGAGGGCAACAUUUAUAAUGUUAGCGCAUUGAUUGACUGUCUUAAAUCAGCCCAGAACUGUGUUCAAAUGCUACGCCAAACUGCCGUGUUCCAACCAAAAGCUCUGUCGGUGAAUUGUUUUGACAAUGAAUACGGACACUAUCCAAGUAAAUAUCGGUUGCUCAUUUGGGCUGCUCUCCUCGAUGUACCCUGCAACAAGUCAAAAUUUUCAGAAAUAGUCAAAAUGGGAACUCACUCAACAGCUGUUGCAUUAAAUGCCAGCCUAAAGUUGAAAGAUUCAACAGCCAGGCGUUAUCUCAUAAAAAUUUUCUCAUGUCUUGGUCAUUGGUCGAAGAUCUUUGGCAUAAGUGACUUUGUCCCGGAAUUCAUCUUUCCAUUUGUGAAGAUUUUCUCCAACAGUCUUACUGUUUGCUUUGAAAUUAUUGCUACAAUUCUAACGAAUCAAUGCCAGUUGUGGUUUGAGUUUCAUCCAUUGGAGCCCCAAAACUAUUUGGGAAUGUGUGAAAAUAUCCUAAAUCACUUUGAUCCUCAGUUGGUGAAAUUCUAUUCCAAAACUCAAGUUACAGCGAAAGAAUAUGCUUGGUCGAUUAUAUCAAAUGGAUUCUCUGAGAUUCUAGAUGAAGAGGCAAUGGAAAUCGAGUUGACAUUAGCCGAAGAACACAUCAAAGAUCAGGACUUGGAAUUAAUUUCACAUAAAUAUGAAAUUGAUGAUAUUUUAAGUGAAGCCGAUUACCAACCAAUGAGGAAUAGUUUAGAAAUACGAUAAACAAAAUCAAUGACGGAAAGAAAAAACUUAAGAAUGACUUAGAACUUAUACUUCGAGAUGAUGUAAAAAGUCAAGUAGAUGAUGGAAAGUUAUCGGCUCGUGGUUUAAGUGAAGUGGAAUCUUCAAUUAGAGAUCUAGAACGAGAAUUUCAAUCUGCACUCA